AUGCCUGAUCCGUUGAAGUCGUUAAAAUUGAACGUUUGGGUCUGUGGAAACUUUUCUGUGAUACCAGUGGUUUUGAUGCUUUGUCCAAUUCCGUAUCGCAGCCAGCUGCAGGAGAAAAUCGAGCCGGGCCAGACCCUGAUCAUCAAAGGUUCGACCAUCGAUGAAAGCCAGCGAUUCACAGUGAAUUUUCAUUGCAAAUCAGCGGAUUUUAGUGGCAACGAUGUGCCACUGCAUAUUUCGGUGCGUUUCGACGAAGGCAAG